CAUAUUUCACAAAUACAAACAAUGGUCAAGCAAAGUGUUUUUUUGUUUUUGUUCUUCUUUAUCUAUGUAGUUUUGUCAUCAAUAAUUUUUUUGGUGUGUGAUGCCACUAAAAGUGAUGAUGAAGGUGGUAAACUUUACAUUGUAUAUAUGGGCUCACUUCCUAAAAGAACAUCAUAUUUUCCAACCUCUCAUCAUCUCAACAUAUUACAACAAGUUAUUGAUGGUAGUAACAUAGAAAAUCACUUAGUUCGAAGUUAUAAGAAAAGUUUCAAUGGUUUUGCCGCCGUACUCAAUAAUCAACAAAGGGAAAGGAUUGUCGGCAUCAAAGGUGUGGUCUCGGUUUUUCCAAGUCAAAAGUUUCACCUACAAACCACAAGGUCGUGGGACUUCCUUGGAUUUUCUCAAUCAAUCAAAAGAGAUCAAACCGUUGAGAGCGAUUUGGUGGUUGGAGUCAUAGAUAGUGGAAUAUGGCCAGAAUCUGAAAGUUUCAACGAUAAAGAUCUUGGUCCUAUUCCAAAAAAAUGGAGGGGAGUUUGUGCAGGUGGUGGUAAUUUCAGUUGCAACAAGAAGAUCAUUGGAGCACGAUUUUACGGUGAUGGAGAUCAAGAUGCAAGAGAUACUGGAGGUCAUGGAACCCACACAGCAUCAACCGCGGGUGGAAGAGAAGUCAAAGAUGCAAGCUUUUAUGGUCUUGCUGAAGGCACUGCAAGAGGAGGAGUUCCUUCUUCAAGGACUUCUGUAUACAAAGUAUGCGGUGGUGAUGGUAGAUGCAGUAGUGAGGAUAUUUUAGCUGCAUUUGAUGAUGCCAUUGCUGAUGGAGUUGAUAUUAUCACAAUAUCUAUUGGGGCACAACAAGUCUUUGAAUUUUUCCAAGAUCCUCUUGCCAUUGGUUCAUUUCAUGCCAUGGAGAAGGGAAUACUCACAGUGCAAGCUGCAGGAAACUUUGGUCCUGCCCCAUAUAGUGUUUCUAGUGUGGCACCUUGGUUAUUUAGUGUUGCUGCAACUACUAUAGAUCGUCAAUUCAUUGAUAAACUCAUUCUUGGAAAUGGAAAGACUUUUAUUGGUAAGUCAAUUAACACUGUCUCUUCAAAUGGCACUAAAUUUCCAAUAGCUGUGUGUAAUGCUCAAGCUUCCCCGAGUGAACAUGCAUCCUCUAAAAUGUGUGAUUGUAUAGACGAAAAAUUGGUGAAGGGUAAACUUGUUUUGUGUGGAGCACCAGGGGGCGAAGGAUUGGCUUAUCAGAAUGGUGCAAUUGGUUCGAUCAUCAAUGUUCCAAACUUAGAAGAUCAAGUGUCUUUUGUCACUAACCUGCCUACACUUAAUUUGGAUACAAAGGACUAUGUUCUUGUUAAGUCUUAUGCAAAUUCCACUAAAUAUCCUAUAGCUGAAAUUUUGAAAAGUGAGAUCUUCCAUGACAACAAUGCUCCUAGAGUUGCCAUUUUCUCUUCUCGUGGCCCAAAUCCUUUAGUUCUAGAAAUCAUGAAACCAGAUAUUAGUGCCCCAGGAGUGGAGAUCUUGGCCGCAUAUUCACCUAUAGGGUCACCCUCAGGUGAUAUAAGUGAUAAAAGACAUGUCAAAUACAACAUAGAAUCUGGAACCUCUAUGGCAUGUCCCCAUGUUGCUGGCAUUGCUACAUAUGUGAAAUCAUUUCAUCCCGAUUGGUCACCCGCAGCUAUCAAAUCUGCCAUCAUGACCACGGCGAAACCGGUGAAUGGUACUUAUAAUGAUAUGGUAGGUGAGUUUGCUUAUGGAUCUGGAAAUGUCAAUCCACAACAAGUUGCUGACCCUGGACUUGUUUAUGACAUCACUAAGGAAGAUUAUGUGCAAAUGCUUUGUAAUUAUGGUUAUGAUGCUAACAAAAUUAAGCAGAUUAGUGGACAAAACUCAAGUUGCCGUGGAGCUUCCAACAGAUCUUUUGUGAAAGAUAUAAACUAUCCUGCACUGGUGAUUCCUGUUGGGCCACAUGAACAAUUGAAUGUAAAGAUUCAUAGAACCGUUACAAAUGUUGGCUCUCCAACCUCGAGCUACAAGGCUACCGUCAUCCCAAUUCAAAAUAUCAAGAUUAUCGUGGAACCGGAAAUUCUCUCAUUCAAAUCAUUAAAUGAGAAACAAUCAUUUGUUGUCACUGUUGUCGGGAGAGCAGAAUCAAAUCAAACUGUGCUUUCCACCUCACUUGUUUGGUCAGAUGGCACCCAUAAUGUGAAGAGUCCAAUCAUUGUGCAAAUAAAAGCCUAAACGAAUCAUUGUUGUGGCAACUUAAUGUAUGAUUAUUGACUCAAUAAUAAAUUAUGAUGCUUUGUAUCUC